UUCUUUCAGGUUCUGCCUGGUUCUUCAAAGGCCAACGAAAAAUCAGAGUCAAUCCAGGACAGAGUGGCCAAGCAGCGGGUGAUUACAGCUGCAUUUCUGAGUGAGCACUGUUUACCAUUUUCUUUGGCCCCAGAUCUCCUCGAGUUUGCUAAGAGGCUGUCUGAAGACAAACCAGCACUAGAAAAAACAACAAUUUCAAAGACAGGUGCGACAUAUAUCAACACCCAUGGAGUAGCAGACAGCUUUAAGCAUGAGCUUAAAGAAAAACUGAAAGGAAGAAUGCUCUCAUUAAAUGUUGAUGAGGCUACUAACAAUAACAAUGAUAAGAUCCUGAAUGUUAUUGCUCAGUAUUACGAUGAAGAAUCGGAGAAAAUAGAAAUUACUCAUCUUGGAUCAAGGAAGCAAAAUUUAGCAACAGCUGCUGAUAUACUUGAUUCGCUGGAGAGUAUCUUGACUGAAUAUGAACUGAAUUGGUUUCAGAUACUGAGUGUACUAAUGGACAAUUGUUCCACAAUGAGAGGUGUUAGGGGUGGUGUGGAGACAUUAGUCAGAGAGAAAAAUCCAAAUUUACUUAAUGUCAGUGGAGAUACUGUUCACAUGGUGAAUAAUGUAUCCAAAGCACUUAUGAAAUCUGUGGACCAGUCUGUGACAGCAUUUGCAUCAGACUUGUUCUACGAUAUAGAAGAGUCGCCAAAAGUGCAAGAGGUAUUUGCUGAAAUUCAGUUAUUGAUGAAUGUGACAACGCCAAAACAUCUUAUACGGCCGAUAUCAAGUCGUUUCCUACAAAUGAUUGAAGUUACAUCUAGGCUUGUGGAAUGCAUAGAUGUAUUGUUAGUCUAUUACUUUGGGUUCUUGUCAGAGGAAGAGAAAACAGGAUACAGAGACAUUAUCAGUCAGAUAUUCAAGAACCAUCAGGUGUCUGAUGAGGCACAGGCAGCCAUUAUUCUGCUCCAGCUGUCACAGGCGAAACAGCAGAAAUCUACAACUAGCAGCGAAAGGAAGGACCGCAUCCUAGACCAUCUGUUCCACAACAGAAGAGAAACCAUCACAAAGCUGAACUUAUGCAGAGGAUUGCUCUGUGAGUUUCAGGGCUUUGUGAAGGUUUUCCAGUCUGAAAGUCCUCUCAUUCACACACUCCAUUCUCGUAUGGUUGAUGUUACCACUCAGUUCGUGGCUAUGUUUAUCAAGCCAGAACACAUUCCUGACAAAGUGACCGCUUUGGUAAAUUUGGAUGUCACGGACAGAAAUCUACACAAGUCAGACAAAGAAUUAGGUGUUGGAAAGUAUGCUUUAGCUGACAUAAACAAGGCUCGCAUUGACAAAAAAUGUAAGCACUGGGUGAGUCAGUUGUACUCAGACCUCCAUCAUGGGUAUAUGAUGGCAGCUCAGAAGAUGCUGAAAACAUUGCCCCUCAACAACAAAAUGUUCAUGAGUCUGUCUGUUCUUGACCCAGCAAUGGCCAGUCAUAGUCAAGCCUCCAUGGCAUUGAAGAACAUAGCCAAACAACUGCCAAACUUGUUCACUGAAGAGGAGAUGGGAGAGCUGUCAGCGGAAGUGAUUAAAUACACUGUGGACUCUGAUGUGAUGGAUUUUGCAGAUGAGUACAGUAAGGAACAAAGAAUAGAUACUGGGUACUGGGUGAAAGUUUUUAAGCUGGAAUCAUUUAAUGAACCCAGGUAUCCAGUGCUGAAGAAGUUGGUGAGUUCUGUGUUGACAAUAUUCAGUGGCCCUCUAAUUGAGUCCACUUUCAAUAUCAUGGAUGACAUUGUAGAAAAGGACAGGACGAAACUGACUGUUAAAAACUAUGAGGCAGUGGCCAUAGUCAAGUCAUCACUGAAAAGAAAAAAUGUGAAAAGCACAACAAUGAAAGUGAGUAGACAUAUGAAAAAGUCCUGCAUCAGUGCAUAUUCCAAAUAUCAGAAGUAUUUGAAAGAAAAGAAAGAGAAUGAGCAGGCAAAGCGUGCGGAAAAACUUAGCACAUCCAUCCAACAACUGAGAAUGGAGAAAGCCAAGAGGGUGUCAAAACUUGUUAAAUUGAAAAACAGGAUUGUUAACAGGAAAAGAAACCAUGAUGUCUCACAAUCUUCAAGUAAAAAGGGGCCAUGGAAAAGAAUAAAACUUAUGUAGAAUGUGACAAUUUUAAUGUAGUGCUCAUGUUAGUGAAAAAACAUAACAUUUACUGACACAUGAUAGUGAUGACAUCACCAUUAUGCAGUUGUAUAUAAGUGUAUUAUUAAUGUGUAUAUUUUGUUAUAAUUCUAGUCUAGAUACGCACAGUCUGGCAAAGUUUUAAUUAUGUACUAGGAUGUUGAAAUUUAUGAGAUUGUUGCUAUUCACAGUUUAGUCAAGAUUCUCUUAGUAUUUUAUUACAUGAAAAAAUAAAAAUGUUUCAAGAAUUUGAAGGUUGUUUCAGUCUGAAUCUUACAAAAACAUGUUGAGGGUAUAUUGUUGAAACAAGUCCUUGACUUAGAAAAGUUACUGUUAACUGAAAAUCAUGCAUUUUGUGCAUUUUAAUUAGUAAAUUUUUGGCACAAAUCUAAGGCUAGAAUAGGGCUGUUCUAAGCAUUCAAAAUCACUAAUUCUCAAGAGCUUCCGGGGGGCUUUGCC